CGGCAGCUUCCUGUAUUCCUGACAGCAGACGAAACGAGGAAAAUAACAAGCAACAUGCGAACCGUUGACGAUAGCGAUACUCAAACAGCGUGUUAGUCGCAGCCCACUCGAAGAACCAAUCCAUCAAUUUGUGGGCUUAGUGGACCAGAACCUGCGGGCCUGCGUACCACAGCUUGCUGUGAUGUGGCUGCUCAUCGUUUGACUCGUUUACCAGGCGUACAGGGGUCAGUCGAGAAAAUGUGGAAAAUGAAGUCUGUUUGGUUCACAAAUACUCGUUGCUUUUACCGUUUAUUUAACUGCAGUGCAACUUGUAUUCUAUGUUGAGCUUGUUCAUUGCCUUAAUGUCUGUUUUUAAUGUUUCAAUUAAUACCCCUAGUGAUUUUUCAACUCAACAUGGCUGUAGUUAUAUGUUGCAGAGAUGCAGCCGCUGCGCCCUCUGGUGGCCACGACGUGUAAAUACAAAUAGUGUCUACAGUGAGUGGGAGGUGAACACUGGUAGACAAACACACACACGCACACACACACACACAUAAAUUGUAAAGGAGGAAAUAGGACUUUUGUUGUAAUCUGAACUAACCUUAAAAGAGAAUAGAAGUUGUUUGAUGACUUUUAUUUAUUGUAUUUUAUCUGUAACUGAUUUGAAGCUUCCCUCAGUUUCCCCCAGAAAGAGAUUCAAACCUCAAGUGACCUCCUGAAUUAAAAAAAGGUUAACGAUGUGUAGAACAUUGAGAGCAUUAAAACCAGGCGUCAAAAUCCAGUCCUGCAGAGCAAAGUCAGUGCUACAUGUGUGAGAGCUGCAUUCUCUCCGGUGACCACCAGGGGGCGACUCGUCUGGUCCCAAAUAGAAAAUGACUUCUCUCUUGAUUUAUUCCCUCAGUAAACAUGAGUGUAUCGUCUUAAAUGUGGUUUCAAUUCUUCUUUAACACAGCAUGAUGUUCAUUUAGUAAAUGAUGGUCCGUUUAGUCACACCCACUUUAGGGGGCGGGGCCUAUAUUAUCACCUGUUCGGGUGUAUCAUGAUUAACAUGCUGUGGUGGUUUAAUGCAGGCCGCUGGGAGCGAGCACAUUAGGAGAUCCGCCCCAAAGCUUCUUUAAAUCAACACAGAUGACGGAUGAUGUAAUUUAUUGUUACAACACACGUGUUUGUUUGGGUGAAUAACUCUUGAUUCACCGUGAACAAAUAUAUUAAUACAUAAUUGUUUUUUUUUACCUAAGUUAUCUUUAACAACAGAUCAAAAUGGUGUGAAACGUCAGGCUUCUGUGUGAUCAGGCAAGUUCUCUCUAUGAUGUAAGCUGUGGUCUUUAAAGCCAUGUGUUUAAAGUGUAACGUAAGUCGCUUUGGAUUAAAGCGUCUGCUAAAUGACCUGUAAUGUAAUGUAAUGUAAUAAAAUGGUCUGAAGCUAAAGUUGAAGCGCUGCGUCUCCACAGAAGGACCAAAGGGGUCGAACCGCGUGGCCACGUUGACCUCUUUCUAUCCAGUCAAACUGGAACCCCUAGAACCCCCCCAAACACACACAGGACCCGCCCACCGGGCCGAGGUCACCGGCCGGAUCCGACAAGGCACAACUAUCAGACACGUCUCUCUUUUUAGUUUGUGAUUAAACACAUAAAAAGCAACGAGGGUUUUAAUGAAAAUCAUUAGAUGGGGAUAUUGAUUGCGUAACUUGGCGCCCCCUAAUGAAGCCGCCUGUGGCCUGAAGCUGUGAAUAAAUUGCAUGUGCUGCUGUGUCACGCACAUGCACCGAGUGGGCUUCAUCGGGGUCUCUCAUCACAGGGCCGGACCUGAGACCGAGACGGAUCGGUUCUGUCCAGACCUGCUGGUGGAUCAAACCCCCCCCCGCUGCCUCCUCAUCCAAUCGAUAGCACGCAGUGAGCGUCACCCAAGGACAGGAAAGUCAGGAUCAAAGUGGCAGCCAACCCAGGCCUGAUUCCACACACCGAUCGAUGAGCUUCUCAGUGUGUGCGUGUGCGUGUGCGUGUGUGUGUGUGUGUGUGUGUGGUGGGCCGGAUGUGGCCGGGAGGACUCCUGUCCCACAUUCAGACACAGAGCCCCCUGGUCCCCCGGACAGAGAGGACAGAAGUGCAGACAGACGGCGUGAGGACGGCUGAGAGAAAGAUGGAGAAACAAGUGGCUCCGAUGGGCGUCGGGGUGCUGGUCCUGGUCCUCGCUCUGCUCCGGGGGGCCGAUGCUGCAGGCUCGCUGAAGGUCGACGCGCCCCAGGACGGCGGUGGAGGCCGCGGCUCGGACACCAUCAGCCACUCCCUGAGCGUGGUGCAGCGCCUGGAGGCCCUGCUGCUGCAGGGGAACGGCAGCGACGGCCUGCGGGUGGAGACGCCCAGCGCCGACGAGGUGAAGGUGAUCGCGGCGCACGCGCUGGUGCUCUCGCUGCAGAGCGCCGUUUUCGAGGAGAUCCUCCUGAAUCGCAACGGCAGCACGGUGGUCCUGAAGGAGAGCUCCGACUGCGCCGCCGUGUUCGACAAGUUCAUCAGGUAUCUGUACUGCGGAGAGAUUUCUCUGCGACUGGACCAGGCCACACCUCUACACAAGCUGGCCGCCAAGUACCAGGUCCUGGGCCUCCAGCAGGGCAUCACCCAGUACAUGACCCAGAACCUGGCGCGGGAGUCCUCCUCGGGCCACGUGGCGGGCUGGUAUGAGUACGCCCAGCAGGCCGGCGACGGCGCCCUGCGGGACAGCUGUCUGCAGUACAUGGCGUGGAACCUGUCGUCGGUGCUGCAGGGCGGGGAGUGGGCCGCCAUCAGCAGCCAGCUGCUCAUGACGCUGCUGCAGCGCUCCGACCUGGUGCUGCAGAGCGAGAUGGAGCUCUUCGCGGCGCUGGAGGCCUGGAUCGUCCACAACGAGCCGGACGGGCUGACGGCGGAGAACGCGCUGAGAGCCGUGCGCUACGCCAUGAUGCCGCCGCGCGAGCUCUUCCGCCUGCAGACCCACUCGCCGGUCCUGGCCCGCUACCAGGAGUCGGUGCGCGACCUGCUGUACUUGUCCUACCAGUUCCACUCGGCGUCGCCCAUGCACAUGGCCAAGUUCUUCGACGUGAACUGCAGCCUCUUCAUGCCGAGGAACUACCUGUCGCCGCUGUGGGGCUCGCCGUGGAUCAUCAGCAACCCCUCGCGAGACGACCGCAGCACCAGCUUCCAGACCCAGCUGGGGCCCAGCGGCCACGACUCCAGCAAGCGGGUGACCUGGAACGCCAUGUUCUCGCCGCGCUGGCUGCCCAUCGGCAUGCGGCCCAUGUACACGGAGGCGGGCGCCAUGCAGCCCACGCGCGUGGACGGAGGGCGGCCCCGCAUCAUCAUCACGCCGGCCACGUCCAGCGCGGACUUUGCCGGGGUGAACUUCCAGAAGACGGUGCUGGUGAUGGCGCAGCAGCAGGGGAAGGUGGUGGUGAAACACGUCUACAACUUCCACCAGAGCACCGAGGAGAGCGGGGACUUCCUGGCGGAGGCCGACCUGCACCGCCGGACCUCGGAGUACCUCGUCGACGGCUCCCUCUUCCUCCACGUCGUGGUGAAACCGCUGUACCAAACCCUCAUCACCAUCAAGAAUUAAGAACACAACCCACCCUUGUGAAGCCCCCUCUCACUCAUAUCACCGCGCGGGGGAGUGAAGCCCCCCGUGUGUGAUGUUUGGAUCGUGGUCUCUUUUCAUCGGGCAACUAAAGAAAGUGGUGACCGUCUGAGGGCGUUUGGUGACGUCACCGUGAAGCGGGGCGGAGCCGUCUGGUGCUAUUCUACAUUUUCCUUCAUGUCAACAGACGCAACAGAAACAUCUUCUGCCAUUGAACAACUCAUACAGAAUUCUGUGGUUUCCACGCAUCAAUAGUUCAUGAUGCACAUGAUAUGUUCCUUCAUCACCUGGAACACACACAGACACACACAGACACACACAUAGUUGUUUAUUUUGACUCACACAGCAAAUGUGGAUUUCUUCCACCGCAGAAAAUAGUUCCCAACGUACAAUUUGCUUCCAUUUGAGUAACUGAUGUUAACUAUGUAUAACUAGGUAUUAGGAAAUGACUGAACAUUUGUUUUCAAUAAAACAAAAUAUUGCGCUUAAUCUAUUAAUGUUUCAGCAGGAACAGAUGUUCUUUGCGGUUUGAUCGGAUUCGUUGACAAUAAGUCCAAUAUUGGAUUUCGCCCGCCUCAUCUUAUAUGCUUGCAGUUCUGUUCCUUCUAUGUUUUCUCUGUAUUUGGUGCUGUGUGACCCGUUCACGUUUAGGGGCCUCGGUGAGUUUGAUGGUUUCCAGCUCAAACAACAUCUAGAUGUCGACAAGUUGUUUGGAAGCAAAACGUAAAAUAAACAGAAGUAACUUGGAGUUAAGAAAUAAAACACUUCACAGCUUAUGCUAAUAAUCUUACUGGGAACCAAACGUUGAACUUGAGUCAUAACGUAUUUAUUAAACCUCUUAUAAGCUCUGUAGAUGUCGUGUACCUUCAUUAGCUCACCAAUGUGAUUAAAGUCAUCACUUAGAUCCUCGCUGCAUUAAUCACUGUUACCUCAAUAAUAAAGAUUUUUACUGAAAGUUUGAA